UCCUUCCCAUCGCAAGUCGUCAUCAUCAUGUAAAAACAAGUCCGGCGCGCCCCUUGUUGCCAAACGUGGCACCACUGCGCUGAUAAAGGGUUAACGUUAACGCCCCAAAUCAAUUUUUUCUCGUCCGCGUUCCUAGCAUAUCGGGCGACAGGCUGUGCCGCUGUGGGUCGUCACCUGACACGGCACCAUACAACCAGCAGUAAAAUAUAAUUCGUUCGCUGGUUGCACCCGGUUGCACCUGCUUGUUUUAAUAGCGAUUGUAAUUUUCCUCCACCACUCGUUGAUAAUUUCAAGUUAUCAAGCUGACGUCCCCUUUUCCGCACAACUCCGAAAUGCUCGACUACGAGGACGAGUAUUUUCUGGAGGAGGAUAAAAUUGAUGAAAGUAAACCCCUGGAAGAGCAAUCGUCAGCUGAGGUUAAACCUUUGCUUGAGCUUGGGGUUGACCUCGACAAGGAGUUAAAAUUUAUAAGCACGGAAAAUGCACCACCAAAAGAGAAUGUCAAGGAUGAUAUUGAAAUUGUAGUUCCUUGCACACCAGACGACAGUCGAGUGUUUUGCUAUGAAAACUCCAUGGGAAUGACGGUGAGUGCUGCCAGCGUCACCCUGUCCAAGGAUACCAACAACCUGAUCGGCAUCAGCAUUGGAGGCGGUGCGCCUCUCUGUCCCUGCCUCUAUGUGGUCCAGGUGUUCGACAACACGCCAGCGGCCAAGGAGGGCAGUCUCCAGAGCGGCGACGAGCUGCUGGCCGUCGAGGGCCAGUCUGUGAAGGGGAAGACCAAGGGCGAAGCGGCCAAAAUGAUCCAGGCGGCCGAGGGAAAGGUCACCAUCCACUUCAACAGGCUGCACGCCGACCCCAAGCAAGGCAAGGGCCUCGACCUGGCCCUGAAGAAGGCGAAACACCGGCUGGUCGAGAACAUGAGCACGGCCACAGCAGACGCCUUGGGCCUAUCCAGGGCCAUCCUAUGCAACGACAGUCUCGUGAAGAAGCUGCAGGAGCUGGAAGCCACUGAGGGCACCUACAGAGGCCUAGUCGAGCACUCGCAGAGAGUGUUAAGGGCGAAUUUCGAACUGCUGCAGGUUUACAAAGCUUUUGGAGACACUUUUGCCGCCAUUGGUGUCCGUGAGCCACAGCCACGCGCUUCAGAAGCGUUUCGAACAUUUGGCGACCAGCACAGGCAAAUCGAAAAGGAGGGGAUUAAAAUGCUACAAACUGUGAAACCUAUUCUGAAUGAUUUGGGCACGUAUUUGUACAAAGCCAUUCCAGACACGAAACUGACCAUAAAAAAGUAUGCAGAUGCCAAAUUUGAGUACCUAUCUUACUGUCUGAAAGUGAAAGAGAUGGACGAUGAAGAGCACAGCUACGCUAGUCUACAGGAACCCCUGUACCGUCUUGAGACGGGAAAUUAUGAGUACCGACUUGUCCUUCGCUGUCGGCAAGAAGCGAGAACCAAAUUCGCGAAAUUACGCGCUGAUGUCCUAGUCAAGCUGGAAUUGUUGGACAACAAGCAUGUCCAAGAUGUUACACACCAAUUGAAAAGACUUCUCACUAGUCUCGCCGCAUUCCAUAAAACAUCAUAUGAUCUCUUGAAUGAGGGACAACUUUUCCCAGUGGAGGUCGAUCUCUCCAGAUCUGCUUUUAGCUAUCCAGCACAGGAUGAACAGCAAACUGAAGAAGAUGAUGAUGAUACUGAAAUUCUCCCUGAAAACGCUGAGAGUGAUAACCUGGAUUCUGGGAAAACUGCUGAUGAUGAUAAUCUCAUUGAUGUGGACUUAUUUUCUGGUAUGACGUUGACAGAAGAAAAACCACCACAAGAGCAGCCAGCAUCUGAUCUAGAUGAACUUUUUGGUGCACCAGAUACCAGCAAGAGCGAUCUUGGGGAUUUGCUUGGGCUGUGAAAAUCCCAUUCCAAAAUAAAUUUCCUAAAUUUCUGUUUGACUAGUCUGUAAAAUGUAUGAUCCAUAUUGUUUACUAAAUUGUAUAAAAUACACCCAUUUACCAAAUA